AUGCGCGUACUGCUAGUGUGUGUAGCGGUGGCUUUACUCUCUUGCCCCGCUGAACUGCAGCGCCGGCGCCGCACCGUGGCUGAAGCGUUCAACGACUUUCAGAUAUGCAGGGACCUUAACAUCAGUGCACCCGAAACGAUGCUAGAGGUUUACUAUGGAAAUGAAGAGAUAAAAACAGGGGAAGAGAUAUAUGCUGAUAUUACUGUAGAAUUUCCCGAGGUUGGCUUCGCCGUGGAACCAGGAUGCUAUUACACGUUUAUAAUAGUUGAUCCAGACUCACCUUCCGCUUAUGAUCCUUUCUGGCGGUCGUAUCUAAUGGCGUUGUAUGUGAACAUUGGAAGCUCCCCGUCUAGUCUUGGCGGCCUGGACUUACACACGGGUUUCGAGGUUGCCACUCACAUCCCCACCAGUCCUAUACCCGGCACGGGGAUUCAUCGCUAUGUCCUGCUACUGUUCAAACAACCUUAUGGUAUUAGUACCAUAGACGAGAACCUUCUCUGUUUCCAGCAGUUCCGUUUGAACUUCAGGGUUGAUGAGUUCAUGUGUUAUUACAACCUCACAGGCCCCGUCGCCGGAAACUUUUACCUGUCACAGUUUCCAGAACGAACGUAG